CUCGUGCCCGUGUAAACAUUCUCCCCACCAUUGGAUACCGAAAGCUGGGGACCAAGUGGGGGGCAGAACGAAACUAACACCAUUCAGCGUUUUCCCAAUGCCGGUCGCAGCUCCAUUCCAUGUGUAAACGAUUGAUGCGACCCCCGUCUCGCGACAGCCGGGCAAUCAUGUCGGAUCUCGAGUUGGGGGAUGGGAUGAACUGGUCGGAUUUUGGGAACAUGGAACUUCGUCCGUCAAGGUCCUCGAGAUAUUCCCAUUUCUCAACAUCGUUGUUUCGCGCUUCGUGAUCCUACGCCGACGUGAACUUUCCAGGUCGCAGUCGCAGUCGCAGUCGCGUCGCCUAUUCCUCCCAGUCGACGUCAUUUCAAGAUGCCCCUCCAUCAUUUGAUGAUUGGUACCUGGACCCCGCCAGGUGCCAUCUUCACUGUCCAGUUCGACGACGAGAAGCUCACAUGCAAGCUCAUCAAGAGAACAGAAAUUCCUCAGGAUGAGCCGAUAUCAUGGAUGACCUUUGACCAUGAGAGGAAGAACAUUUACGGCGCUGCCAUGAAGAAAUGGAGCAGCUUUGCCGUCAAGAGCCCGACUGAGAUUGUCCACGAGGCAUCGCACCCCAUCGGUGGUCACCCCAGGGCCAACGACGCCGACACCAACACGCGUGCCAUCUUCCUCCUCGCAGCCAAGCAGCCCCCCUACGCCGUCUAUGCGAACCCCUUCUACAAGUUCGCCGGCUACGGCAACGUCUUCUCGGUCUCCGAGACCGGCAAGCUCGAGAAGAACGUCCAGAACUACGAAUAUCAAGAAAACACUGGCAUCCACGGCAUGGUGUUCGACCCGACCGAGACCUACCUCUACUCAGCCGACCUGACCGCAAACAAGCUCUGGACGCACCGCAAGCUGGCCUCGGGCGAAGUCGAACUAGUCGGCUCCGUCGACGCUCCCGAUCCGGGCGACCACCCGCGCUGGGUCGCCAUGCACCCCACGGGCAACUAUUUGUAUGCCCUGAUGGAGGCCGGCAACCGCAUCUGCGAGUACGUCAUCGACCCGGCCACGCACAUGCCCGUGUACACGCAUCACAGCUUCCCGCUGAUCCCACCGGGCAUUCCCGAUCGGGACCCCGAGACCGGCAAGGGCCUCUACCGCGCCGACGUGUGCGCGCUGACCUUUAGCGGCAAGUACAUGUUUGCUAGUUCGCGGGCGAACAAGUUCGAGCUGCAGGGGUACAUUGCGGGCUUCAAGCUCAGGGACUGCGGAAGCAUCGAGAAGCAGCUGUUCCUUAGCCCGACGCCGACGAGCGGUGGGCAUAGCAAUGCGGUUAGCCCGUGCCCGUGGAGUGAUGAGUGGAUGGCGAUUACGGACGAUCAGGAGGGCUGGUUGGAGAUUUAUCGGUGGAAGGACGAGUUCUUGCACAGGGUUGCGAGGGUCAGGAUUCCGGAGCCAGGGUUUGGGAUGAAUGCCAUUUGGUACGAUUAGAUGGAAUGCUGUUCUGUCGUUUUGAUGAAGGAAUGAUGAUGGGUGUACCCCCCGAAGGAUGCGCAAGAGGUAAGUAGCGAAAGAUGCGUUACAUCAAUGUGAGCCAGUAACAACAUGCUUCUAUCUAUGAUCAUGACAAUGAAGUAGAAAAGGAUUGAACCUGUAGACCGCGAACGAUGCAAGCUUGCAAUUGGGAAGCAAGUCGUCCA